CAAAGGGGGAAGUUCAGUGGUUGACCACUUGAGAGGGAGGAAACCAUUUUGGCUCUUUGAAACGUUCAGUUCUGCACGUACAGCUAACGUAGCCGUCAAACUCAGCUCCACGCUCUCAGCUGUGAGAGAGGACACGAUGUUCACCACACCAAAAUAGACAAGAGAGAUAGUGGAUGAGAGGAAGAGAGCAUUUUCUCCCUUUUCAUCAUAAAUAAUAAGACUGUGGUUUAUUUCCUCAUACUCUGGACCUUUUAAGUGUCCAUCUGGAUCUCUCAAACUCGCAGUUUGCCUCGCACUUGGCUUGCGCACUUUAACUGCCUGCUUUAUUGGUCCACAGCUCGCAGUGUCAGCCUCUGACGCAGCCGGAGCACCUAUCCGCGUGGGGGCACACUGACACCUGACGGCUCCAUCCCUCAGCACGCCGGUCUUUCUCAUCACGAGCAUCCCGGCUCUGCAGUGCAGAGACUGUUGCAUUUUAUGGAAGCAGAGUCUGUGCAUACGGUCGUGAUCAUGCUGCCCCCAAAGAACUGCCUGCCGAGGAACUACAGCUGCAUAGCCGGACUCUUCGGGAGCCUGGCAGCGGCCAACACGAGACUGGAGGAUGGGGAUGAUUUUGACCUGAUGAACAGUACAUGUGAGCCCAUCGAGUGCCCCGUUGUGGAUGAGAGACCGCGGGGGAGAGAGAUUUUCCUGAAGCCUCCACAGAGUCCAAACCUGCGGCGGAGGUGCAAGUCGCUCCCCACGCCCACCGAAAGAGCAAAGUUAGAGAUCUCCCGCAGUAGGAGCCCUACUAGUCAGAAAAAGGUCCGGUUUGCUGAUUCUUUGGGUCUGGAGCUCAUAACAGUGAAGCACUUCGAUGAUACAGAUGAGCCAGACGUACCGGAGCGCAUUUGGGCAAAGCUUCCUAAAGGAACCCUGCACCUGAAUCAUUUGGACACAAAGUUCCCUCGGGCUCCUUCGCACUCUGUGUUCAUGGAGCUGCAGUUCACCAACCCAGGCACCUUACCCGGCUUUGAGCAGAAAGUGAGGGAGGUGAAAGUGAUGCUGGAGUGCGUGGAGGCGACUGAAUUCAGCCUGUCUGGGGUUGUGCGCGUGUUGAACCUGGCUUUUGAGAAGAGCGUCUCUUUGCGCUAUUCUCUGAACAAUUGGAUCACAUUCAUGGACAGUUUGGCGUCUUAUGUGCCCAGCUCCAGCGACGGCGACACUGACAAGUUCUGUUUCAAGAUUGUCAUGCCUACCUCCUUUGAAAACGGAGGGACAUUGCAGUUUGCAAUCAAAUACUGUGUUGAGGGGAAGGAGUACUGGGAUAACAAUAACGGGAACAACUAUAAAGUGCGGCGUCACCAGUACAAAAUGUCCCCGCCAAGAGAAUGGGAGAAUGGAUGGAUUCACUUUAUCUGAGCUUUGUUGUCUGCAGCGGCACAGUGUGUGCGUAAUUUACGCGUAACUGAUCCCCGGGUACCUUAAUUCUAGCUGUAAGCUGUUAAAGAUGAUUUUGUUUCUGCCAUUGUCAGCUACAGUGAAAACAAAGAGCCUCAGUAAUUUCAAUAUUUCCCCUGCUUUAGGCACAGAUUGAGUGUCACAGACCACUGUUAAAGCCUUUAAUAGGUGCCCGGUUUGGGAUGCUGUUAGAUAAUUUGCCUUGAUGUCAGGGCUCUGUACAGCUGGGUGCCCUUUGGGAGGGCAUGUUCACGUUAUGUAAUGUAGAAACACGUGCCACGGAAAACGUGCCGGGCAUGCCGACUUCAGGCAUCACCGCCCCUUGCAGGAGAUGCCGUGCGUUUGUUUGGCGGCAUGUUGAUUUUUUGAAUCAUCAGUUUGUUUUGCAUGCGUGCAAAAAGUCCACAUGAGAAGCAAAAAGCAUUUCAUCCUGAUAAAAAUACAUGCAAGUGAACCUAUACUAGCAUUAUCUCUUAUGGACUCAUGAAGGAUGGGGAAACAUACACAUGCUUCAGAUUUUUGAUUAAUAAUCAAUGUAUAAUUUCCCAAGAUCACGUCACUAAAAGUUGCCUUAUUUUGAGACCUGAUGUGGGAAGUUGUGCAUUGAAUGUUGUACAGUUUUUUCUCCAUUAGGCUUGAAUAGACUAGAUGCAGUAGGUGGUCAUUGUUAAACUUUGAGUUUAAAAUAGGCCCAAGCCUUUCAUACACUUGAAAUUCGUGUCUUUUAAUCUGCUGACUUCCAGUCAAGUGGCAUAGUGGAAGUCAAACAGCUACCACUCAGGCCUGUAUUUGCAACUUUUCAACCCAUUGUAUAUUUUCACUUCAUUUAUGCAAACAGUAUAAACUAAAUUUGAGACCUGAUGAAAAUAUAAAGACAAAGAAAUACAGCUGGACUUCAGCAGUGCUCUUCUGUGAUUGUUCUCCUCCUGGGGAACAUUAUUUUAGUAGCAGUUUUUUCCAGAAUGCAUACCUCGGAUCACUUGUGGACUUUCUUCUCUUCUUCUUCAGAUUAUAAAAACAGAUCUUAUUUUCACAGUAUUUUUUCUAAGUAAUUCUGUACAUUUACACACAAGACAGAAUCUUUUUUUUUUUUCAUUUCUAAUGUUCUUUAUUACAUUUACUUUUUCACAGACAGUACUGUCUACAGACAAAGAAGCUGUUUCACAACCAACAACUGUGUUUCAAUGCUCUCUAGUGCAUAAGGGCACAUGAUAUUACCUGCAUUAACCACUGUGCAAGAACAAUGCUGCUUCUCAUGCCUCACAUGACCAGAUAAAUUGAAACAUCUGGCUGGAUGAUGUUUCCAUCCUUAGAUGGCUACCUGUUGUCUGAUUACUUCUUUUGAAAGCCAACCAGUAGCCUUGAUGUUACAAAACCAGCGCUCUGCAGAUUACAGCUAAUGUUGCAUCCAUAGAUUUUUGAUCAAUAUCCUGGAAAUGAGUCUUUUUUUUUUCUCCAGACCAGUUGUAAUCAUAUACUCAGGCUUGCAUGUUGUACACAUUUUAAUGAGAUGCAGACAUGCUUUUGAAUAAUAGUCUGAUGUUUGUGGGUGCGCAGAAAGUUGAGAGUGCAAUUCAGCAAGAAAAGGACAUAAACGAAGAUGCUUUUAAUUCCUGUGCUCUGCCUGUAAUCUAAACAUCACUCUGUCCUUUGUUUACAUCAUUGAGAUGCCAGCAAGUUGAGAUGUGGAAAAGUACCGCUCGACCACUUAGCGUUUGGAGAAGCUCCACUAUCAGCCCAUCAGUGAUGCUAGCCUCUAAAUGCUCUGUGCUGGGACUUAAAUAUUAUAUACCUGAAUAUGUUAAGUUUUGCUGUCAGCACAUAUUCAGAGCUGAUUUUCUUUCAUAUUCGAGGUCUGGCCAGUGCAGAGCUUACUGUGUUGUCUUGUCUGCUAUGGUCUGUGCAAGCUUUGUAUAAGCAUACAUGCUGUGCUAUACCACAAAAGCUUGGUUUAUCAAACUGAAUCUGCUGACAUGAGUACACAGGAAUGCAUCAAUACCAAUGAGCCAUACUGAUAAGUGGGUUUUAGUUGAUCAAAUUUGAUUGUGGCCAACGAGUGAUCAGAUUUUCUGUCUUUACUAAACAACAAACAGUACAAAUGCAUUCCCCAUGCACCAUAACAAGGUACUUUUUUAGUUUACUUCCCCUCUGCUGUUGUUAUUGGUGUGUACCUGCCAUAAAGGAAGUGAAGGGCUUCUGGCCUCCUUAGAUGCUCAUUUAAGUGUAUGCAUAACAUUUUGCAUAAAAAAAUCACUAGUAUAUAGAUGUAUAUGUAAAUGUGUAAAUGUUUCAUAUUGAAUGUUCUCCUAUUACUGUCUGUUCUCUAUGUAUUUUGAAGCAUCUAAAAAGCAGAACUGAGUGAUGUGAAUUGUGAAAGUUUGUUUUGUGAGGGCCCGGUGAAAGAGCCUAACCAUGAUAAAGAACUAAAGCACACUUACAAUUUAAUGUGAAAAAAAAAAUCACAUAACAUAAUUUAAUCCUGCUGUUUAAUUGGUAAUAGAACUAACUGAGAUGAUUUGUCUCUUAAACUAUUUUUAUAAGUGAUAUAUUGGUAGUUUUCACUGAAAUAUAUCCAAAGUUAUGAGCUAGUGUAUCUGAAGAGAUGGCUCUAUUUGAAACCCCAUGUGCACAACUAUAUUUGCACUCUGCCUUAGUAAAAUGUUAGUUUCCUUGGAGAUAUUAAGCAAAGCUGGAAGAAUGCAAGUGCUUGUUUGUACAGAGAUAAUGUAAUUGCACAUUGAUGAUAAGGUGGAGGAAGGGAAAUUUCCUGGCAAAAUGAUGAAAAGGAGUUGCACUGAUGGAAAAUCUUGGAAAUGAGCGACCUAUGAUUGUAGUGGACUCAGUCACAGCAGGUCUAAUGCACUUUGAGUUUGGAAGAGAAAAGGAGCAGGGUAUGAAGUCCUGAUACAUAUGAAAGCUUCUCUUGUGAAUAGAGACUAACCAAGACAUUUACCCUCCUCUGUCCCAUGUUACAGCUGUUUUCUCUCACUGUGGAAAGCCUAAAUCACCUCUGUCUUACUUAUACUCAUGGAACUAAGUUUUUAGUUAGAUUUACUGUAUGUGUUGUAACAUCUGCAGUCAUCUGACUGUGUUAAUCUGUACUGUUUUGCAGUGAAUGCUAACCAUGUUUGCAUGUACAGCUGUACCAUAACUCUAUUUUUUGUUUGGUAUUUAGUGUAACCAAUCUUUUGUUAAUCAUUAAUAAAGCAUUUGUGAUGGA